UGCUUGGGAGGGGCCAUGUAAAAUGUAUCCAUGGAAGCGGACAAUAUAAAUAAAAGCAAGAGAAUAUGGUAGGAAGAGGUCAGAAGACAGACUUCCGGGGCAAACUCACCUUUAGAAAAGGAGUAGAAGAAAAACAUCAGGAAGGUAAGAAGAAGCAGCCCAAGGGGUACAAAAAGAACGAGGAGAGUCAGAGAAACAAAACGGAGAAAGUUUCAAGAAAGUGGCCUUAAUUGCACAAUGAGCUUGGGAAGGAAGAUGAGGACUGAGCAAGGACCUUUUUUAUGUGAACAGUCAGGAGGUUAUGGGUGACCUCCAACAGACCAUUUGCAGCAUAAUGGGGGAAGGCCUCUGCCCAGGAGCAAGUAAGCUGAAAAAGCAAGAGGGGCUGGGAAGUGCUCUAAACAGCUCUGUAGAGCUGUAUCUAUAAGGCAGAUCAGGCAGCAGUGCUGUUACUAUUGUCAUGGGAACAAAAAACAUUUAGGAGCUCGAAUAGCUAUUUAACAGCCCUGAGUCUAGCCCAUCACAUUCCCUUGAUCUGUUGUGAAAGAUGCUAAUAAAAACAGGCAUUAGAGUGACAGGGUUAAUCCAGGCUUCUUCCUUUUAGAUGUGUAGUCUCUAACUGGAAGAAUUCCCCUUCUUAAGAAGGAAGCCAGACCAACCCCCACACCAAGUUCUAUAAAGCUCUGAGAGACCAGCUGACCAAAGUUCCUUAUUCUCUAGCUGUUAGCUGAAAUUUUUAUAAAAUAUAUUUGCUGUUUUCACUUUUGAGUAAGCAAGCUGAAUUACUUGGAGGAGGAAAGCAGGAGGAGUACAGGAGACAGAAGACAGCUGGGAACACAGGAACCUUCGGGCAGGUGUCCUACAGCUGGCAUACCCAGAAGUUCUCAGGCUCUACUUCCCUCGGCAACAGACAGGGUGGCAUCUAGCAUGCUAACGCAUGGACCGUGUGUGAGUGCCAGGCUCAGUGCGGCUGUGCUGGAGGCUUCCGCCUGUGUCGCCUCCUUUGUCUUCUGGAGAAGUCCAAGAAUGGCUGAGUGUUGCUGGUUAGGAAGAAAUUGGAAGAAAAGCUGGCUUUGGAGAACAUUAGAGAAUGAAACAAGGAGAUUAAGAAGACAGAAGUGGGAAGUAGGAUGUCAGAGAUAAUGCCGUGCAUCUCACCCUUGGGAUCAGAAAAGAGACCCCUCACGUGCUUGGAUGCCGACCUUCUGCUAGGGGUGAGCUUCUGCUUCUUCCCCUGGGGACAUUUCGCCUGUUUAUCUAGACCGUAUGUUCCUAGAAAUGUGCACAAAAAGAGUGAGGGGCUCGUGAUCAGGAUGAAGAGAAAACUUAUGUCCUUGCCUCCAUCCACCUCCAUACCAGAAAUGGAAUCCAAUGGCACCUUCACCAGUAACAACAGCAAUGAGAACUGUACAAUUGAAAACUUCAAAAAGGAUUUUUACCCUACCGUGUACCUGAUAAUAUUUAUCUGGGGAACCUUGGGAAAUGGCUUUUCCAUAUACGUUUUCCUGCAGUCUUAUAAGAAGUCCACGUCUGUGAAUGUUUUCAUGCUAAACCUGGCCAUUUCAGAUUUCUUAUUCACAAGUACACUACCCUUCAGAGCUGACUAUUACCUCAGAGGCUCCAAUUGGAUAUUUGGGGACCUGGCCUGCAGGAUUAUGUCUUACUCUAUGUAUGUCAACAUGUACAGCAGCAUUUAUUUCCUGACUGUGCUGAGCAUCGUGCGUUUCCUGGCAACCGUUCACCCCUUCCGGCGCCUCCAUGUCACCAGCACCAGGAGUGCCUGGACUCUGUGUGGGAUCAUAUGGUUCCUUAUCAUGGCUUCCUCAGUAGUGCUUCUGAACCAUGGCUCUGAGCGGAAUGGCAGUGUCACAUUAUGCUUAGAGCUGAAUAUGCGUAAAAUUUUUAAACUGCAGACCAUGAACUACAUUGCCUUGGUGAUGGGCUUCGUGCUGCCAUUCUGCAUGCUCAACAUUUGUUACCUGCUGAUCAUUCGAGCUCUGUUAAAGGUGAAGAUCCCAGAACUGGGUGUGCGGGUUUCUCACAAGAAGGCUCUUACCACCAUCAUCAUUGCCUUGAUCAUCUUCCUCCUGUGUUUCCUGCCCUAUCAUGUACUGAGAACCCUCCACCUGCUUGAGUGGGAAGUGGGUGUAUGCAGAGACAAGCUGCAUAAAGCUGUGGUCAUCACACUGGCCUUGGCAGCAGCCAACACCUGCCUCAAUCCUUUGCUCUAUUACUUUGCUGGGGAAAAUUUUAAGGACAGGCUAAGGGCUACACUCAGAAAAGAUCACCUACAUAAGACAAAGUGCAGCAUCCCUGUCUGCAUCUGGUUGAAAAAGGAAACACAAGUUUAAGGGUUUUGUAGGUAAGGCCUGUUCUUGUAUCCUUGUGCUCACCUUCAUUCACACAUAGUCUCAAAUGACCAUAUAUUUACACCAUUUCCAACAAAGGUCAAUCAAGUCUUACUUCACACAUUUUAUUAGGUGUGUUUUCAGUGGUGGAGUCUAGAUGAGAAAUGUAGCAGGCAAAAUCUCUACUAGUCUUGCAACCUAAAAUGUCAGAUUGGGAAAGAAGUGCUUAGCAUAUUGUGUGCUUCUUUUCGUCAGAUUCUGUACCAGAUCUUGGUCCCAUCAGGCAUUCUAGAUUAAGGUUAAGACAAUCUCAACUUCUCCAGCUUCUCCAGCCCCUCUUACAUCUUCAGUUCUUUAAGAUAGCCAGUUAACAAAGCUAAAGGAGGUUCCAGAGCAGAUAAGAAAAGCAUCCUAGGAAUUCACUGAAAAGACUUUGUGAAGAAGGUUGCUCUUCAACAGGUCCCAAAUAAGAACAGUGAGAGAGAAAGGGAGAGGAGGACUGGGGCAAGAAAGGGCUGGUGAAAGGUAGGGAGAAGGAGAUAUUUCAUUUUGUACUGAGAUAGAGGCUCUAGCACACUGAAGGCAAGAAAGUUCUCUUUGCCUCUCUCUUGCCAGGAGGCUAGAAAGGAUAGGAAGAGUAGGAGGAAGAACUAGGCCAUUGCCUAGGAUUAGAGGGAUUAUGGGUGAAAAUACAGAGAAGAGGGAGUCAGUUUUACUCUUGGGAUUUGGGUUUGGACUGACUUCACUUCAGUUCUCAGUCUUGCACAUUAAUCCAAUGGGAUGGGAGCCAGAACAGAGGAGGUUGCUCUAAGCGUUUGUGUGGGCACUGAGAGAGAGUGUGGGGUAGAGGAUAAGUUGCAAAGGUUGUUGUACCCCUGAAAUUCUACUAAUAUUUUGGCAAAACAUGAAUACGGUGGCUUUCCUUUUGAGGGAGUAUAGAAAAGAACUGGAUAUUGGAAAGGGGUUCUUUUGUCCACUGAAACAAACCUAGGGAGACUACCAACUGCUACCUCCCAGACCAUUGUACCAUGAACAAUUGAAUGCCCUCUCCAUGCUGGGCAGGUGCCAGACAUUUCGCAUUCAGCAACCCCAUUUAACCCUCACACCAAAGCCUUGUGUUUCUACUUCACGAAUGAAAAAACUGAAGCUCAGAGAAAUUAAGAAGCUUGUUCAAGUUCACACAGCUUGUAAGUGUUUAAAAAAUAUCUGUGGAGAAGAGAUAGCUGGGUGUUUACUCUGCUGAUUUCCCUACAAAACUCCAGGAAGAUUGGUUGAAGGUCUGAAUAAAAGUUCUCUUUCCCCAUCAGGCACCUACCCCUUCUCAUUUUCACAAGAUACUCUCUUUGGAGUUACUGACCUCAGGUAGAGUAGAGUGUGGGAGGGAGGUGGUGGGCUCAAGCUAGGGAGAAAGGAAAUGUCUUCAUAGUAAACAGGAGCCCCAGGGGGGCUAUCAGAAUGCUGACAGACUCAUAUCCCAUCAAAACAGGUGCCUGUAGGAUCCCACUGUGGGGAAACUGUCCAACCCAAGAAAAAUACUAACAAAUACAGACUGUUGAGGAUUUCCUAACACAAAAGCCAGAAUCUCCCUUAUUACCUACCCGACAGGGAAGCCCACACUGCAAAUAAUCCCUCACAUUCAGAGAGCACCUAGUCAGCCUGUUAGAGCCUCACUCUUAAUUAUGAAUAGUCAAUGACCACUGCACUUGGGGGCCAGCAAGGCCAGGGGGUGGGGACAUGGGGCACAAAGGCCCAAACAUGAAAAACACCUACAAAUAAAUGAGAGGGUAGAUAGAGACAUUUUUAGUAUGGAAGGUCUCAACACUCUUUAUCACCCUUGCACUUUUUAUUAGAAACCCGCUGGAGGAUGUGUUCCUCCAAAAUAAGUGAUUAAGCCAAGAUAGGGGAAAACAUGGGAUCUAGGAAACAAAGAAUCCAACAUAGGAGAAAGGUGAAGAAAAUAAGAUGUUGGUGAUAGCAGAAAAGAAAAAAGAAACUAAUUGAUUUGCACUCAUUGGAGGGAUUUAUAUUUUUCUUGAAGAACUUGGGAUGAACUAAUGAAAAUACAUAGAAAAAUAAACAAGGGAAAAGACACUGUGAUCCUUGAAUGCUAGCAGAAAGAAACAGUUGUUUAAGAACAGAAAUAUAAUCAUAAUACACUAUGUGGCUCAGCUGUAAAUAAUGUUUACACAGAGAAUAAUGUAAAUAACAAAAUACUGUGAUACAACUUUUUUAAGAAAUGAGAGGGUAUGUAUGCGGGGGGAGAGGUGUAAGAUCUAGAUCUCCAUCUUCUGUCACAGAAAAUGCAUAAUAACUAAAGCUAGGGAAUGACAAAAGCUGUAGAAAAAUGUUAUUUAGCAACAGGAGCUAUAGUCCAGAAGAAGCAAUGAAAAGGAGAGACAGGGAUGGCCUCUAGGGAGUUUGGGGUAGAACAAUAGGGUGGAGAUUUCUAUUUUCCUGUUAAGAACUUUUCAGCCAUCUAACUUGUAAAUAUGUAUUGUUGAAAUAAAAAUUAAGUUUAAA